CCACCAACCUCCAGCCAUCACUCAAACCAAAAAAAAAAAAAAAGAAAGUCGAAACUACCCAAUUUUGUUGACCACACUUUCCAGUAAAAUCGGGGAGAUGGCUUGGAUAACAAGAUUCUUAACGGCGGUGGCUUUCUUGGCCGUCGGAGUAAUAUUCUCACCGGAGACCUUCGGAUCAAAAUCAGAGGGUCCAAGUUCGCCCAUUCUCUCCUCUUCCAUUAAGCUAGCUCAUCUACUCAGCUUCUCGACCGCCUGGGGCGCCGCCCUUUGGGUCACCUUCAUCGGCGGUAUCAUCAUGUUCAAGCAUCUGCCAAGACAUCAAUUUGGUAAUCUACAAAGCAAGAUGUUCCCGGCUUAUUUCUCGAUGGUCGGUGUUUGUUGUGCCAUAUCGGUGGCGGCGUUUGGUUAUUUGCAUCCGUGGAAGUCGGCGACGACGGCGGAGAAAUACCAGCUAGGGUUUUUAGUCUCUGCUUUUGCUUUCAAUCUCACCAAUUUGUUCGUUUUUACUCCUAUGACCAUUGAGAUGAUGAAGCAAAGGCACAAGGUGGAGAGAGACGAGAAUAUUGGUGAUGAAAUUGGAUGGACAAAGAAUCAGGAAGCUGCAAAGACUAAUCCAAAGCUUGCUGCCAUGAACAAGAAAUUUGGAAUGAUUCAUGGGUUAUCUUCCCUUGCUAAUAUUAUGUCUUUUGGCGGCCUUGCUAUGCAUUCAUGGUACUUGGCCGGUAAGCUCAAUCUGUAGUUUGGAGUUCAGUUCUUCAUGGAAAGUCUGAGUUUGCCUUCUGGCUAUAGAUUAAAGUUAUCAUUUGUACUUUGUGUUUUCUCUUGGAUAAACUGUUCCUGCCAGAAUUAUGUAAACUUGAACCACAUGUCAAGAAAAUGGAUCCUGUUCUUGUUAGUUGGUGAAAAAAUAAAUUGACAAAGUCACAUGGCUUUUCCUAUCAA